GCACGAUCGGCGCUGAAGCAGUGGCGUGAGGAGCAUGUUCGACGUUCGGAAGAAGUAGUCGAAAUUUGGGAAUUCGUAUUAAGCAGAUAUCCAAGGUCGCUAGGUGAUGAACUUUGGUUAAUAUAUGAACAGGUUUGCAUUGCUGCAUACGAUUGUGCUAGAAUUGAUGUGGCGGUUGAAUGCAUCCGAGCAUUGCAAGAAAAAUUUCCUCGAAGCAAUCGCGUUCUUAAACUACAAGCAAUGCGUUUUGAGGCAAUUCAGAGGUAUGAUGACGCUUUCCACAUUUAUGAACAGCUCAUUGAAUCUGACCCAACGAAUAUGUCUUGUCGAAAAAGGAAAAUCGCCAUAUUAAAAGCGAAGGGUGAAAAACAGGAAGCUAUUCGAGAAUUAAAUGAAUAUUUGAAAGUUUUUCUGAACGAUAGUGAAGCGUGGUUGGAAUUGUCUAAUCUUUAUCUCCAGGAGCAAGAAUAUUCUCGGGCAGCACACUGUUUGGAAGAGCUUAUUUUAAUGAGUCCUCAUAAUAGUCUAUAUCUUCGGCGUUUGGGUGAAAUUCGUUAUUCUCAGGGAGGUCAGGAAAAUAUGGAAAUGGCAAAAACAUAUUUUGAACAUGCUAUUCGCACAAAUCCAGGUUGCUUAAGGUCUCUAUAUGGACUAUUGCUUUGUUGUAAUUGGUUAUCACAAAAAGCUACCGGUUCAAAGAAGAAAGAUUUGAUACAAAGUGGUGUUGGAGUUAUUGAUAAAAUCCUCUCUUGUUAUGAUAACGCUUCGGAAAAUGUGAACUCAUAUAUCAGCAAAGAAAUGCAAACAGUUGAAACCCUUUUGAAUCAUUUAUCCAUGUCGUAG